GGCUUUAAAAGGGUGGGGGCGCGUGGCUCCUCUCACUCUCACGGCAGGACAACCCAAGGGCAUCAAAGCAAGACAAGAUGACUCACCAUUGCACCAAGUUCUCCGGCCACUGGAAGAUCAUUGUGUUCGAUGAGGAGUGCUUCCAGGGCCGCCGCCAUGAGUUCACCUCUGAGUGCUGCAAUGUGAUGGAGUUCGGCUUCGAGACCGUUCGCUCCCUCAGGGUGGAGAGUGGAGCCUGGGUGGGCUACGAGCACGCCUCCUACCAGGGACAGCAGUUUGUCCUGGAGAGAGGAGAGUAUCCCCAGUGUGAUGCUUUUGGAGGUAGCAAUGCCUACCACAUUGAGAGGAUGACCUCCUUCAGACCUAUUGCCUGUGCUAACCACAGAGAGUGUCGUAUGACUAUCUUUGAGCGUGAGAACUUCCUUGGCCGUAAGGGUGAGCUUAGCGAUGAUUAUCCCUCCCUCCAGGCCAUGGGCUGGUGCAACAAUGAAGUCGGCUCUCUCAGGAUCCAGUCUGGAGCAUUUGUGUGCUACCAGUACCCUGGUUAUCGUGGAUACCAGUAUAUCAUGGAGUGUGAUCGUCACUGUGGGGAGUACAAACACUUCAGGGAGUUUGGCUCCCACUGCCAGACCCCUCAGAUCCAGUCCAUCCGCCGUAUUCAGCAGUAACAGCCUAUUCCAAGCCCCUUUCUCCCAUGUGACCUUUCACCUUCAACCCCUGCUGCCUCCCAGUGCUGAAUAAACUGUUUUUCUUAAACCUUA